UCUAACUACAGCUGAGCUGCAAAUGUACUAUUGUACUCGAUACCGAAAAAGUAUUGUUUGGAAAAAUCAUCUGGUUUUUGUGUUAAUUGGUAUUUGCCUGGCAUGGCGUUGUUGAGAAGCGUUUCGAAUGGCUUUUCAGCUGUAUUUCGGCACUUUGCCAGUUCGAGUGGUUGCACCAUAUACAGCCUCAGUUCGGGGCACGUCAAGUGCGGCGUCUCCGUUAUCCGUGUUUCCGGUCCACAAACAAAACAGGCGCUGCGCGCUAUUGUGGGCAACAGUGAAUACGAGCCAAAACAACGACAGGCAUAUCUGAAAUCAUUUUAUCAUCCCACCAGCAAAGAGAUCAUCGACAAGGGUCUUCUAUUGUGGUUUCCUGGUCCAGCCUCCUUCACAGGCGAAGAUGCUUGUGAAUUUCAAGUGCACGGGUCGUUGGCUGUAAUUGCGGCCAUGCUGGAUGCCCUGGGCCAAUUACCAGGCUUAAGGCCUGCACAGCCGGGUGAAUUUACAAAGCGAGCAUUUUUUGGUGGCAAGCUGGACUUAACCGCAGUGGAAGGCCUAUCCGAUUUGAUACAUGCUGAAACUGAGGCACAGCGCAAACAGGCUCUGUUGCAGAGCACCGGCACUUUGGGUCGCCUCUAUGACAACUGGCGCAAACGGCUCAUUCGAUGUGCCGCCCAUCUGGAGGCCUAUAUUGACUUCGCCGAGGACGAACAAAUCGAAGGCGGCGUCAUAUUAAAUUUGACCAAGGAACUAAGAGCUGUGCAACGCGAAAUUCGUGCUCAUCUGAACGAUCAACGACAGGGCGAACUGCUGCGAGAUGGUGUACGCACUGUCAUAAUCGGUGCUCCAAAUGUAGGCAAGAGCAGCCUACUAAAUCUGCUUUGCCAGCGUGCUGUGUCCAUUGUGACCGAACAGGCGGGCACCACACGGGAUAUAAUCGAGACAACGCACAGCUUUGGCGGAUAUCCCGUGAUCUUUGCGGACACUGCAGGACUUCGUAAGCACACAACGGAUGCAAUUGAGGUGGAGGGUAUGGCUCGUGCAAAACAAUGCCUAGCCCAAUCUGAUCUUAUAUUGCUGCUGACAGAAGCCAAAGCUCUGCGAGAUGUGGACAGCAAUGAAUCCCUAAAUGACCACAUCGAAAGCUACUUGCAAGAACUGGACAUACCGAAAGACCUGUGCAGUGGCAAAUACUUGCAGUUGGUUGCAAACAAAACAGAUACGCUGCCAAAGGAGGAAAGUCAACGUCUUAGCAAGCUGAACAAUGUGCUGACCAUAUCGUGUCACAAGCAGGACAACCUGCCACAGUUUCUGGGCUAUUUGGAACAGCUGCUGGUACAACUAUGUGGAACUCCGCAGGCGGAACAUCCACGCAUCACGCAAAGUCGCUAUAGACAACAAUUGGAACGUUGCAUUGAGCACAUUAAUAUAUUCCUAAGAGAUUACAAGCCCGAUGUGUACCCGGACAUGGCAAUAGCAGCACAGCAGCUGCGGAAAUCUGUGCGCUGUAUCGAGCGCAUCACUGGACAUGUCAGCUGCGAAGAUAUACUCGAUGUGGUAUUUAAAGACUUUUGCAUUGGAAAGUAGUUCAUAUUCCUAUUUAUUAAGUACAAAGAUUGUAUAGACUGCAAACAAAGAAACGAAAAGUAUGGCAUGACAAAUGCAUUAUACU